GUAAACAUUGAUUGCUCCUUAAAUCUUGUUCUUUAGAUAUUUAUUUUCAGGAAAACAAAUUGAUAAAGGGUCAGAGUGCAAUGUCUGAUAAUAGGGAGCUAACUUACCCUUCUUGGACCGUGGUCUUAGUUGGAAAGACGGGCAAUGGAAAAAGUGCAACAGGGAACAGUAUCCUUGGACGGAAAGCUUUCAAGUCAAGAGCUAGCUCCUCAGGGGUUACAACCGCUUGUCAACUUGAAAGAACCGUGUUAAAAGAUGGUCAGAUUAUUAAUGUCAUUGACACUCCCGGUCUGUUUGAUUUCUCUUCCGGAUCGGAAUUGAUGAAGAAAUGUCUUAGGUUGGCUGGGGGUGGUAUCCAUGCAAUCCUUGUGGUGUUCUCUGUUAGGACCCGCUUCUCACAAGAAGAAGAGGCCGCGCUUGAUAGCCUGCAAAACUUCUUUGGAAGCAAAAUUACGGACUAUAUGAUUGUAGUUUUUACUGGUGGAGAUGACCUUGAAGAAAAUGAUGAAACUUUGGAAGAUUAUUUGGGGCGAGACUGUCCACAGCCUUUAAAGACGAACGAUCAAACCCAGAAAGACACGCAACUUCAACAGCUUCUUUCUCUUGUUAACACUGUUUUGUUGGAAAAUGGUGGACUUCCGUAUGAUGCCAACGACAGAUCGACUGAAUUGCAGAUUGAAGCAAAGCUCAAAGAGGCUACCGCUAAAUAUGAACAAAAGUUAGCAGAGGAGAAAGCUGCACGGCAACAGGCCGAAAAGAAUGCACAAUCAUUAUCAACUGAUGUAAUUCCUAAGCUAGGAACCGAACUGGUAGAAAUAAGGAGGGAGAUUGAGGCGUUGAAAGAUGAAUUAGCUGACGAGCGGCGCAGGCGCAUUUGUUCAAUUCUCUGAAAUGAUUGCAGGCAUGGCAAUUGGUUCUAGUGAAUGAAGUUUAUCCAUGUAUAGUUCUGUUUAUAUAAUCCUCUUCCUCCCUCCUAAGCCGAAUAAAUUGUUGGAUUAUUU